AUGGACACGCUGAUCUUGGGCGCCCAUCGCCUGAGCAGCAGCUCAAGCUCCAGUUCCAGCUCCUCCAAUUAUGGUGACAGGGAUUUUAUGAAUCAUAGUAAUAAGCUUCAAGUACAGAUGCCUGCACCUCCCCCUCCUCCUCCAAGCUCUCCUCCGCCAGACAUGAUGCCGCCACCGCCGCCUGGACCUCCUCCACCUGUUGAUCUAAACCAGAAGACAGCGCGACGACCAAAAAUGGAUACUUUGACGAGUAAUAAAGGUACACCAAAGACACCGUCUCAAUCUCUGUCGAAGAGUCAAGAGAAGAAGCUGCUAACGAUUCGAUACCAACCGUCUUCUUUAGUGAAGCAGGGACAUACUGAACCUGAGAGUAUGCAGAAUGAAGAAGAUCAAGAGGAAGAAGUGGAGGACGAUGAUGUGGACGCGUAUUCGGACGAGUCAGAUGUGUUUGAAGAGGAUAUGGAGGCCAUAUUGUUUGCUGAAGAGGAGGAAGACCGACGCAAAGGGUACAUGGACUGUCUGACCGAGACGCAUUUGGACAAUGCUGAAUACCCGUACCCAGCGUAUCUUGGCAAGUUAGCCACUCUUUUCACAGAGCAAAAUGCGCUUGGAAAAAACCCUGAGGAUUUUAUUAAUUGCAACAAUCUCUUGGUUAAUCCAAGACAGCUGAGACUGUUGGACACUCGAACUGCUGCACUUGAGCGAGAGAAAUGGGCACAAGUGCGGAAAUCUACCGCGUUGAAGGCGAAAGAAGAAGAGACGAGGAGAAGCCAGGAAAGACUGGCGGAAGCGCUUGAGCCGCCUGCUAAGAAGAUCAAAAUAUCAGAAGCUACUAUGAAGGCUUUGGAGUCCAAGCAAUAUGUUUCUGCGAGCAGCUUGAAACUUUCUAAUAAAUCGUCGCGAAAGCGAAGUCGAAAGAAACCCACAGCACCAAUUGCAUCCAUGACACCAGCAACGCCAGCUUUAUCAAGUCUCUUGAAUACAUCGAAAGGUAGCAGGAGAAAGGCAAAACCUAAGUCGUUGUCGGUACAGACAACGAAUGUCAACGAGAAAGUAAACGGGAAGCCCGUUGUUGGUCCGGCCAUUAAGAAGAAAAAGACGACGGCAUUUAGCAGCCAUGCGAAGAAGAGCACAACCGAUGCAACUCCUGUGAUAUCCAAGACUGCGGCUACCGGUGCGAAGGCUAUUAAGGCUGCCAAGAAAGAACAUGUCAAGCAAAAAGCAAUUCUUGCUGCUAGCGAUCUCAAGGAAGUCAGAGUACAAGCUCAAAUUGAGAAGAACCGAUCUGCGGCGGACGUAGAUCGUGGCAACGAAAGCUCGUCGUCUUCCUCGUCGUCGUCUUCCUCCUCUUCGUCGUCAUCUUCCUCCUCGUCUUCAUCGACUUCAGUAUCCAGUAGCUCAUUUGACGAUGACACAGCAAGUAAUGUGGUUUAG